UGGAUUGAGUCGGAACACUUUACGACACUGUUGACAAGUGCGUUGUCGUAUGUGGACAUUGACUUGUAUCAUCUAAGUACAAUUCUUUUCUCGGUAUGAUAUAGUUUUAAACAUAGCGGUGUCAUUCAAUGAGUGUUUUCGACUUAUUCCGUGGUUUUUUCGGUGUUCCUGGAGGCCACCGCCAUGGCCGAAGGGACCCAUUCUUCGACACUAUGAUUCAUGAGGAGGAGGAGGAGGAAGAAGAAGAAGACGAUGGAUUCUUCUACGAUGGAUACCAGGGGGAUCCUCAGGAUCCUUUUGACGGCGCCUGGAGAUUUGGAUUCAGCAUGGGCCCGAACGGGAUGAGGAUCCAGGAGCCUCCCGUGUUUGGCCAAAUUAUUAAGGAAAUGGAGGAGAUAUUUUCCCAGAUGGGCCACUGGAACAAAAACCCAGAGUCUGGACUCUUUGGCUCUCCCAGUAUCAUGCCACCGUCUUCUCAGGACAGAGGUGAGGAUGUAGGAAGUGAAGGAUCCAGUGGAAAUCCAUUGAGAGACUUUAUGUUGAAAGAGCCUCAGCCAGGUCCGUCCAGAGAACCCAGGCACGAUGGCUUCCCAUUUUCUAAGUUUCCUGAUAUUUGGAGACGAGGUGUAGUGAAGUCUCCAGAGGACGAGCAAAAAGAAGACAGAGAUCUGGACUCUGCUGUUUCUUCUGGAGGUCUGGAUCAGAUUCUGGCGCCACCUGCUGGCCAGGAGCCACCCCAGCCUAGAAUGAGGUCAUUCUUCCAGUCAGUUUCUGUCACCAAGGUGGUGAAACCAGACGGGACAGUAGAAGAGAGGAGAACAGUCAGAGACGGCCAAGGCAACGAGGAAACCACAGUGACACGUUCAGGUCCAGGAAGCCUGGAAGGACCAGACAGUCAACGAGGACCUGUUUUACCAGGUUAAUGGGGGUCAACCGCCCUUUUCAGAUAUGCGGGAUGACAACUCCAUAUUUUCCAAGUUCUUUGGAGGAUUUAAAUAAGUUACAAAUUCAGAUUUGAACACAUUAGCAUUUGUGUCAUUUUGAAGCGUAUGAGUGAUUUAAGUUUUUCUGUAACACGACAAAGGAUCUGAAAUCAUCAACUAAAAAGAGUCCAGGUCUGCGUGUCUGACAGUGAAAGUUACAUUAAAGGCAUUGAAACAUUAAAUAAACGGUUUCUUCCACUGUGAGGAGAGAGUCUGUGUCUGUCUGACACCAUCAUCUCGGUGAUAAAGCUGUGUUUAUGACUGAACAGAGACAUAGGAACAGAACCAACUUCACAAUUAUAUUAUUUUUGUAUUGACCUUUGAAUCUGCCUGUACAGUGAUGAGUGCAUAUGUGGGUGCAAUGAAUGUAAUAAAAGAUCUUAAUAUAUAUUUCAA